CUCCUGCCCGGGCCCCUGUUGUUGCUGCUGUCGCCUGCGCCUGCUGCCCCAACUCGGCGCCCGACUUCUUCAUGGUGUGCGGAGGUCAUGUUCGCUCCUUAGCCGGCAAACGACUUUUCUCCUCGCCUCCUCGCCCCGCAUGUUCAGGACCAAACGAUCUGCGCUCGUCCGGCGUCUCUGGAGGAGCCGCGCGCCCGGCGGCGAGGACGAGGAGGAGGGUGCAGGGGGAGGCGGAGGAGGAGGAGAGCUGCGGGGAGAAGGGGCGACGGACGGGGCGCCCGCCAGCGCGCAACCCGCGCAGCCGCCCUCGUCUUACUCGCUCCCCCUCCUGCUGUGCAAAGUGUUCAGGUGGCCGGAUCUCAGGCAUUCCUCGGAAGUCAAGAGGCUGUGUUGCUGUGAAUCUUACGGGAAGAUCAACCCUGAGCUGGUGUGCUGCAACCCCCAUCAUCUUAGCCGACUCUGCGAACUAGAAUCUCCCCCCCCUCCUUACUCCAGAUACCCGAUGGAUUUUCUCAAACCAACUGCAGACUGUCCAGAUGCUGUGCCUUCCUCCGCUGAAACAGGGGGAACGAAUUAUCUGGCCCCUGGGGGGCUUUCAGAUUCCCAACUUCUUCUGGAGCCUGGGGAUCGGUCACACUGGUGCGUGGUGGCAUACUGGGAGGAGAAGACAAGAGUGGGGAGGCUCUACUGUGUCCAGGAGCCUUCCUUGGAUAUCUUCUAUGAUCUACCUCAGGGGAAUGGCUUUUGCCUCGGACAGCUCAAUUCGGACAACAAGAGUCAGCUGGUGCAGAAAGUUCGGAGCAAAAUUGGCUGUGGCAUCCAGCUGACUCGGGAAGUGGAUGGCGUGUGGGUGUACAACCGCAGCAGUUACCCCAUCUUCAUCAAGUCCGCCACACUGGACAACCCGGACUCCAGGACGCUGUUGGUGCACAAGGUGUUCCCCGGUUUUUCCAUCAAGGCUUUCGACUAUGAGAAGGCGUACAGCCUGCAGCGACCCAACGACCACGAGUUUAUGCAGCAGCCGUGGACAGGCUUCACCGUGCAGAUCAGCUUUGUGAAGGGCUGGGGCCAGUGCUACACCCGCCAGUUCAUCAGCAGCUGCCCGUGCUGGCUGGAGGUCAUCUUCAACAGCCGGUAGCCACUGGGGAGAGGACGAGCGCGUGCCGAGCAGGCCACCAUUCAAACUACUUUGCUGCUAAUCUUUUCCUCCCGAGUGCUUGCUUUUCAUGCAAACUCUUUGGUCGUUUUUUUCCCCCUGUUGUUGGUGGGGUAUUUUCUUUUUUCUUCUUGUCCUUGUUUGUGUUCUUGUGUCUUGUUCUUUGAGAAAUAGCUUAUGAAAAGAAUUUUUUUUGGAGGGGGGCAAGUGUGGUUGGCAGGACAGGUGGACAGGUCAGGUCACCCGUGGGAAAGGGGGAAGCAAAAGUCAGCACCACCAAACGGUGUCUGAAUGGGGAGCAGUCCCUUCGCUUUUGGGUCAGCAUUUCACUUGUCAGGAGUGUACACUCGAAGGAGAGUGUGUGUCUGUGAGUGUGUGCGCACGAACAGCAGAUGGGAGGUCAACACAGCCUUUGUUCCUUACGGAUGUCCCAGCUGAGAGGUCUGCUGUUCCAAGCUGUGCGUCUCCUGCGCCCUCUGGACAUGCUCAGUGGGGCAGAGGCAGUACCUGAGCAGGCUGGCUGGUCGCCGGUGUCCCAGCAGCUGCAGGAGUGACGCUUUGUCCCAGCCUUGGAAGCUCCCACCCCACCUUACCCCCUUUAGGACACGGGCCUAUCCACAGGCUUCUGAGAAGCUAGCCUGGUAGAGGCUGAACCAGAACCAAUUGUUUUCAUCCUUGUCUUACUCCCCUCCCACCACCCUGCUGCCAUUGUAGUGUUUCUUUUUUUGGCCAUCUGCUCCUGGAUUUCGGAGAUGGGCUUCCUGAGGGCUGCUGGGGCAGCCCUGUCCUGUCACAGCAUUGCUCCCCAGUGCCCUUUCAGGCCCCCCCGGCCUCUCUGCCCUGGUUUAUCAGGUUUCUCCCAGACAUCCCAAGCCAGCUCAGCACCACCCACCCACCCCAGCCUGGGUGCUGAGCAGUCAGACCAGUGAGAGGACAACCCCAAGAGGGUCCUGCUCAGUGGCCUCCUUCCCUCCUACCAGGAAGAAUUUGGUCCAUCAUAACCCAAGGUACCAUCCUAGGCUGACACCUAACUCUUCUGUCACUUCUUCUACAACUCAUACACUCGUAUGAUACUUUGACACUGUUCUUAGCUCAAUGAGCAUGUUUAGACUUUAACAUAAGCUAUUUUUCUAACUACAAAGGUUUAAAUGAACAAGAGAAGCAUUCUCAUUGGAGAUUUAGCAUUGUAGUGCUUUGAGAGAAAAAGGACUCCUGAAAAGAACCUGAGAUUUAUUAAAGAAAAAAUGUAUUUUAUGUUAUAUAUAAAUAUAUUAUUACUUGUAAAUAUAAAGACGUUUUAUAAGCAUCAUUAUUUAUGUAUUGUGCAAUGUGUAUAAAC